GUUUCGCUAGGCUGGUAAAAAGUAAAAACUAAAAACAAUCAUGGCCUAUAAUAAUAAGUAAUAAUAUAGGCGGAGUAUAAUUAUUAAAUACCAUCAAAGCAUUAAUCAAAAUAGCAGUUACAGUAUUUUUGAAUAUAUGUGAUUAUAAUAAUUAAUUUUAUUGAACUGCGUAAUACGGACUAUAAACUUUAUUACGAACACUAAAAAAUUAUUUAAUUUCAUUAACUAUGUAAUUUGUAUAGUAUCAUUAAAGCUUUAUUACACAAUAUAAUAAUAUUUCAAUAUUAUUUCAGCAGUAAUUUUUCAGCUUAAAAAAUGUGUGAAAAUAGUGGUUUUGACGAAUUACGUGUGAAAUACAAAGAUGUGCUUUCAAAAGCUUUCUCUAUCAACAACAUUGACCUUUUGGACUCAUUUUCGAAAAAGGCAAAUGAAAGCGAUCGCAAAGCUGCUAUGGAUCAAGCCUUCAAAGAUAAACUGUUGGACUUGUUAAAAGAUGAUCAUUGUGUUUUAGAGAAUUACAUCAGUUUUUGCAUAGAAUCAUGUAGGCGAUCAAUGGUCACUCCAACUAUGCCUGUUGUACUUUUAGGGGAUAUAUUUGAUGCCUUAACUCUUAAUAAAUGUGAAAUAUUAUUUGCCUAUGUUGAAAAUGGAGUCAAUAUUUGGCGAGAAGAAUUAUUUUUUAUGGCAUGUAAAAAUAAUCUGUUAAGAAUGUGCAAUGAUCUUUUAAGAAGACUGUCUAGAUCACAAAAUACAGUCUUUUGUGGCAGAAUUUUGUUAUUUCUAGCUAAGUUCUUCCCCUUUUCCGAAAGAUCUGGUCUUAAUAUUGUCUCUGAAUUUAACUUAGAAAACAUCACUGAAUUUGGUGGAGACAAUUCUAGUACAUUAAAGGAUGUGUUGGAUGAAGAAAUUGUUGUAGAUAAUGAAAAAAACAAGCUAACAAUUGAUUACAACUUAUACUGUAGGUUUUGGAGCUUACAAGAGUUUUUUCGCAACCCAAAUACAUGCUACAACAAGCUACAGUGGAAAACUUUUGUAGCUCAUUCGGGCAGUGUACUCUCAGCAUUUUCUUCAUACAAAUUAGAGGCAGUUGAACUUCAAAAAUCCAAACUUAAUAGGCUAAAGGCUGUUAACACAGAUGUAGAGAUGCAAGAAAGUAAAGAGCAACAUUAUUUUGCUAAAUUCCUAACCAAUCAAAAGCUCUUAGAAUUACAAUUGUCAGACUCUAACUUCAGGAGAUGUGUUCUCAUACAAUUUUUAAUACUGUUUCAGUAUUUAACUUCUACAGUUAAGUUCAAAUUAGAGUCCCAAGAGCUGAAGUCAGACCAAUUAGACUGGUUGAAAGAUACAACAAAUAUGAUUUAUAAAUUACUAGUAGAAACUCCACCUAACGGAAAACAGUUUGCUGAAUGUGUUAAAAGCAUAUUAAAAAGAGAGGAGUAUUGGAACAAUUGGAAGAAUGAUGGAUGCCCAGAAUUUCAAAAGCCAAAGCCGCCAGUACAAACAGAUUCAAUAGAUGAAGUAAAAAGACCAAAGAAGCGGAGAAGACCUGUCGGAGAUAUUAUAAAAGAAUAUGAAUCUCAGAAAAAGCAUUUUAUGGGAAAUAAUGAACUCACCAAGCUUUGGAAUCAUUUCCCUGACAACCUCGCAGCUUGUCGCACCAAAGAACGGGACUUCAUGCCAACACUAGAGUCGUACAUGCUCUCGCGAGCGGGGAAAGACAGUGCGGGUGCGAGCGGGACAGACGCUGGGUGGGGGUGGCGAGCCCUGCGGUUGCUCGCCAGACGGUCGCCGCACUUCUUCGUGCACACUAAUAACCCUAUCGCGAGCCUCUCGGACUAUCUUGAUGAUAUGGUUAAGAGGAUUUCAAGAGAGGCGACGACAAACGCAGCAGCUGCCAGUGUUUCUACAGACAAUACAAACUCGAUUAAAAAUGUAAAACAGGAGGCCCAAGAAGAGGAGAUAACAGAGGAGCAGAUGGAAGCAGACCUCAUAAAGGAGGGCGACGCGAAUGACAUUGAACAGGUGCCAGACUCAACGCAGACCAAUGAAGAUGAUGAUAAAACUACGCGAACUCGUCUGACCAUGAUAACUCCGUCGCAGCUCGACGCUCUGUCCGCAAAACUGACCGACUGGAAGAAACUCGCCACCAAACUGGGAUACAAACCCGACGAAAUACUGCACUUCGAAACCGAAAACGCUACCGAACCUUCUAGAGCUAAAAUAAUGUUGAAACUGUGGUUUGAUGACGACGAGGACGCAUCCGUUGAGAAUCUACUGUACAUUAUGGAGGGACUGGAGAUGCUUGAGGCCUGUGAGGUCUUGAAGAAUGCGAAAUGAUGAAGCGGUACAGCAGAAGAGCUCCCGGUCUACAAUUAAGUAAAAUUGCUCAUAGUUAUAGUUCCCUAGUAUCUUAAAUAAAAUUUGACAAUUUUGA